AUGCCCUCAACCAAGAUGGCAGCAGAAGCAUCUGGUGCACAGGCUGCCAUGCGCGGCGGGCCGUACCACCGGGCGUCGGGGAUCGGGGCGGGGGCGGAGCGGACCAUCGGGGCUACCGGGAGCCAUGUUGGAGCUGCGGGAGGCGGCGGAGGCGGCGGCGGGGAUGCUGUGGCGGGGGCAGCGGGGGCCAGGGCAGUGGGCUCGGGCUGCACUGGCGGCGGAGUAGAUGGUGCCCGAGGGGCGGCGGGGGCGGGGGCGUGGAGCGACAGGGUGGGGGUCAGGGGACUGGGGUGGGGGCCCGGGCGGCGGCGGCGGCGGGGGGCAGCGGCGGCGGCGGGGGCCCGGGCGGUGGGGUGGGCCCGGAGCCAGGGAGAGGGACGGGGGCAGCAGAGGCCAGGCCGGGGGCGGGGGGCCAUGGCGGAGGGGCUGCCGUUCAGGGGGCUCCAGAGCCGGCCGCGGCUACUGCUGCUGCUCCUGUUCCUCCUCCUCUCUUUGUUCCCUCUCAGCCUGGAGGAGCCGGGGGGCAGCAGCGGCGAAGGCCGCGGUCUCAGGGCCCGAGAAGAAGCGGCCAAGGGACCCGGGGAACAGGGCGCCCAUGGAACCUUAGCUCUUUGUCCCGAGAUUCGUGGAGCCCUGGAGGCUGUUGGCGGCGUUGGUACAGCCUUCCCCCGGAACCCUACGACCCCGGAGGGACAGCGGCUUGGGGAGGGAGGAAAGACUGGCCCACGAACUAGAAGCGGUGGCCAUGUCUCCUCAGGGCUCCCCAGGAGUGGCCGGGGGACCUUGGGUCUGCGCCAUACCGAACAGGGUCCUCAGCCCCGGGAGGGGUCCCUGGGGACAGGCCCUAGGGAGGAGCGGCCGGCGGGACCGGGAUCCGGGCCCCUACUAUGUUGGGCUCGGGAGGUCAUAUCUUGCAGGAGGCCGGGUCCAGGGCGCUGUCUAGUAUCUGGGGGUCAGUCCCCAGGGCCCUUGGCCUCUGGGAGGGGAGGCCCGCCCCAUGCCGGCAGUCUUUCUGCAGCUCUUCCCUCCAGGCUCCGCUUUCCCAGAUCCUCUCAGGCUUCAGAGCCUGGUCAAAAAGUGCAUGGAAGCGGACGGGAGCAGCUGGGGACUUUGCAGGCUGUGAGCUGUGGCAACGAAGCAUCCCGGCUACGGCGAGCUGGAGAGCCGGCUUCAGCACCACGAGCUUCGGGGACAGCUCCCGAGACCUUCGCCCAGCGCAGGCGCCUCCGCCCGCGCGGCUUGCUCUGCUGUGCGCCCCCCAGCGUUCCCCUUGCCCGUUCCCGACGUGCAGCGAACCGCCACCCUCACUUUCCCCAGUACAAUUACCAAGCACUGGUGGCGGAGAACCAAGCACCCGGCACUCCCGUGCUGAGCGUGGCGGCCCAGGACCCGGACGCAGGGGAGGCCGGCAGGCUGAUCUACUCCAUGGCGGCGCUCAUGAACAGCCGCUCCAUGGAACUGUUCCGCAUUGAUGCCGCCAGCGGCCUCAUUAGCACUGCCGAGCCACUGGACCGCGAGAGCAUGGACCUACACUACUUCCGAGUGACAGCUCUGGAUCACGGCUCUCCGCGCUUGUCUGCCACUACCAUGGUGGCUGUCACGGUGACUGAUCGCAACGAUCAUUCACCGGUAUUCGAGCAGACAGAGUACCGGGAGACAAUUCGGGAGAACGUGGAGGAGGGGUACCCUAUACUGCAGUUGCGAGCCACUGACGGGGAUGCAGCUGCAAAUGCCAAUAUCCGGUACCGUUUUGUGGACGCACCUGCUGCACAAGCUGUCUUUGAGAUUGACCCUCGUUCAGGCCUCAUUACCACUAGCGGUAGAGUGGACAGGGAGCAGAAGGAAAGCUAUGAGCUGGCUGUGGAGGCCAGUGACCAGGGCGGGGAGCCAGGGCCCCGUUCUGCCACUGUGCGUGUGCAUAUCACUGUCCUAGAUGAGAAUGACAAUGCCCCCCAGUUUAGUGAGAAACGAUACCUGGCCCAAGUAAGGGAGGAUGUGCGUCCACAUACGGAGGUGCUCCGAGUUACAGCCACAGACCUCGACAAGGACACUAAUGCCCUGGUUCAUUACAACAUCAUCAGUGGCAAUAGCCGGGGUCACUUUGCCAUUGACAGUCUCACUGGUGAGAUCCAGGUGGUGGCCCCACUAGACUUUGAGGUAGAGCGAGAAUAUGCCCUGAGGAUCCGAGCUCAGGAUUCAGGGAGGCCUCCUUUAUCCAACAACUCUGGCCUUGCCAGUAUUCAGGUGGUGGACAUCAAUGAUCAUGCUCCUAUCUUUGUCAGCACCCCCUUUCAGGUGUCUGUACUAGAAAAUGCCCCUCUGGGCCACUCAGUCAUUCACAUCCAAGCUGUGGAUGCUGACCACGGGGAGAAUGCUCGGCUGGAAUACAAAUUGACUGGCAUGGCCCAGGACACACCCUUUGUAGUCAACAGUGCCACAGGCUGGAUUACAGUAAGUGGGCCCCUGGACCGGGAAUCUGUAGAGCAUUACUUUUUUGGGGUGGAGGCUGUGGACCAUGGUUCACCCCCACUUUCUGCCUCAGCUAGUGUUACCAUUACUGUCAUGGAUGUGAAUGACAAUCGACCAGAAUUCACCCAGAAGGAGUACCACCUUCGGUUGAAUGAGGAUGCAGCUGUGGGCACCAGUGUCCUUAGUGUGACUGCUGUAGACCGUGAUAUCAACAGUGCUAUCAGCUAUCAGAUCACUGGGGGCAAUACCCGGAACCGUUUUGCUAUCAGCACACAGGGGGGUAUGGGACUGGUCACAUUAGCCUUGCCAUUAGACUAUAAGCAGGAGAGAUACUACAAGCUGAUAUUAACUGCUUCAGACCGCACCCUCCAUGACAACUGCUAUGUGCAUAUCAACAUCACUGAUGCCAAUACUCACCGGCCAGUCUUCCAAAGUGCCCACUAUUCAGUCAGUGUGAAUGAAGACAGGCCUGUGGGCAGCACAGUUGUGGUCAUCAGUGCCACAGAUGAUGAUGUGGGUGAAAAUGCUCGAAUCACGUACCUCUUGGAGGACAACCUUCCCCAGUUUCGAAUUGAUGUAGACUCUGGAGCUAUCACGCUGCAGGCUGAGCUAGACUAUGAGGACCAAGUGACUUACACGCUUGCCAUAACGGCCAAGGACAAUGGUAUCCCUCAGAAGGCUGAUACCACCUAUGUAGAGAUCAUGGUCAAUGAUGUGAAUGACAAUGCCCCCCAGUUUGUGGCCUCUUACUACCCUGGUGUCAUUUCUGAAGAUGCUCCUCCCUUCACCAGUGUGCUGCAGAUCUCAGCUACUGACCGAGAUGCCCAUGCCAAUGGCCGGGUCCAGUACACCUUCCAGAAUGGUGAGGAUGGUGAUGGUGACUUCACUAUUGAGCCCACCUCAGGUAUUGUCCGAACAGUACGGCGGCUAGAUCGGGAGAGUGUUCCCGUGUAUGAACUAACUGCCUAUGCUGUGGACCGGGGUGUUCCCCCACUUAGGACCCCUGUUAACAUUCAAGUGACUGUCCAGGAUGUUAAUGACAAUGCCCCAGUUUUCCCGGCAGAAGAGUUUGAGGUCAGGGUGAAGGAGAACAGCAUAGUAGGAUCAGUAGUGGCCCAGAUCACUGCCAUUGACCCUGAUGAGGGCCCUAAUGCCCAGGUCAUGUAUCAGAUUGUAGAGGGUAACAUCCCAGAACUCUUCCAGAUGGACAUCUUCUCUGGAGAGCUGACAACUCUCAUUGACCUGGACUAUGAGACACGACCUGAGUAUGUGAUUGUGGUGCAAGCAACCUCAGCUCCCCUGGUCAGCAGGGCCACUGUCCAUAUCCGCCUCAUUGACCAGAAUGACAAUAGCCCUGUCCUCAAGAACUUCCAAAUUCUUUUCAAUAACUAUGUGUCCAACCGGUCCAAUACUUUUCCAUCUGGGAUCAUUGGGCGGAUCCCAGCCUAUGACCCUGAUGUCUCUGACCGCCUUUUUUAUACCUUUGAGCGAGGCAAUGAACUAGAGCUGCUUGUAGUAAACCAGACCAGCGGGGAGCUUCGACUCAGCCGGAAGUUGGAUAAUAAUCGUCCACUGGUGGCUUCCAUGCUUGUGACAGUAACAGAUGGUCUCCACAGCGUGACCGCGCAGUGCGUGUUGCGGGUCACCAUCAUCACGGAGGACAUGCUGGCCAACAGCCUGACGGUGCGCUUGGAGAACAUGUGGCAGGAGCGCUUCCUGUCCCCGCUGCUGGCCAGCUUCCUGGAGGGAGUAGCCACCGUGCUGGCCACGCCCAAGGAGGACGUGUUCAUCUUUAACAUCCAAAACGACACGGACGUGGGCGGGUCAGUGCUCAAUGUGAGUUUCUCGGCGCUGGCGCCGGGAGGGGGCGCCCCCGGGGCAGGUGGUGGCGGGGGCCCCUUCUUCAGCUCCGAGGAGUUGCAGGAGCAGCUGUACGUGCGCCGGGCCGCCCUGGCUGCCGCCUCGCUCCUCGACGUGCUGCCCUUCGACGACAACGUGUGCCUGCGGGAGCCCUGCGAGAACUACAUGAAGUGCAUCUCCGUCCUGCGCUUCGACUCGUCCGCGCCCUUCCUGGCCUCCGCCUCCACCCUCUUUCGGCCCAUCCACCCCAUCGCCGGCCUGCGCUGCCGCUGCCCGCCCGGCUUUACAGGCGACUACUGCGAGACCGAGAUCAACCUGUGCUACUCCAACCCGUGCCGCAACGGGGGCGCCUGCGCGCGUCGCGAGGGCGGCUACACGUGCAUCUGCCGCCCACACUUCACAGGUGAGAACUGUGAACUGGAUAGCAGAGCUGGUCGAUGUGUGCCCGGUGUCUGCCGAAAUGGUGGGACUUGCACCAAUACACCUUCUGGUGGCUUCCGUUGCCAGUGCCCAGGGGGCGGGGGCUUCGAGGGGCCCUACUGUGAGGUAGCUGUCCGAUCCUUCCCUCCUAACUCCUUCCUCAUGUUCCGGGGCCUGCGCCAAAGAUUUCACCUCACUCUCUCCCUCUCGUUUGCCACAGUGCGGUCCCAUGGGCUCCUCUUCUACAAUGGCCGCCUCAAUGAGAAACACGAUUUUCUUGCUCUGGAAAUUAUUGCAGGACAAGUGAGGCUCACCUACUCCACGGGGGAGUCAAGCACAGUAGUGAGCCCCAUAGUGCCCAGUGGUGUGAGUGAUGGGCAGUGGCAUACAGUGCAGUUGAGAUACUACAACAAGCCCCGGACCAGUGCCCUAGGAGGGGUUCAGGGCCCUUCCAAGGACAAAGUGGCUGUGCUGAGCGUGGAUGAGUGUGACACCCCCGUGGCCCUGCAGUUUGGGGCUGAGAUCAACAACUACUCCUGUGCAGCUGAGGGUGUCCAGACCAGCUCCAAGAAGUCACUGGAUCUGACCGGACCCUUGCUCUUGGGUGGUGUUCCCAACCUGCCUGAGAAUUUCCCUGUGUCCCACAAGGAGUUUGUAGGCUGCAUGAAAGAUUUGUUUAUUGACAGCCGCCGUGUGGAUAUGGCAGCUUUUGUGGCCAACAAUGGCACCACUCCUGGCUGCCAGGCCAAGCGUGCCUUCUGUGUCUCCAGCCCCUGCCAGAAUGGUGGUACCUGCUCUGAUGGCUGGGCUGGCUUCCGAUGUGAUUGCCCUGUGGGCUUCGGGGGAAAAGACUGUGGGCUUGCCAUGGGCCAUCCCUACCGUUUCCAUGGCAACGGAGCCCUGAGCUGGGACUUUGGGAGUGAAGUGACUAUUUCGGUGCCCUGGUACCUGGGGCUGGCAUUCCGGACACGGGCACCACAUGGGGUCUUGCUGCAGAUUCAGGCCGGACAGCACAAUUCCCUCCUGUGCCAGCUGGAGAAAGGACUCUUGUCCUUGGCGGUGGACAGGGGCUCUGGCCGAACCACCCGCUUUCUGCUGGACCAGGUGACGCUCAGUGACGGGCGGUGGCAUGACAUCCGUCUGGAGCUGCAGGGCGGACAAGCUGGGCAGCCUGGGCACUAUCUUCUCACGGUCACGGUGGAUUUCGGCCUCUUCCAGGACACCAUGACGGUGGGGAGUGAGCUGCAUGGGCUGAAAGUGAAGCACCUCCACGUUGGGGGCCUGCUGAAGGCCCAUGAUGUCCAUCGGGGCCUUGAUGGAUGUAUCCAGGGAGUGUGGCUGGGCACCAUGCCAUCAGGGGCCCCAGCCCUCCCUCCACCCAGUAGUAAGAUGAAUGCAGAGCCAGGCUGCAAUGUGCUCAGCCCCUGUGCCUCCAAGCCCUGCCCCCUGCAUGCUGACUGCCGGGAUGAGUGGCAGACCUUCUCCUGCGUCUGCCACCCAGGUUACUAUGGGAAGGCCUGUGUGGAUGCUUGCCACCUGAAUCCCUGUAAGAACAAGGGUUCCUGCCAGCGGCGGGCAGGAGCACCUCAUGGUUACGCUUGUGAAUGUGAGGAUGGCCACUUUGGACCUCACUGUGAGCAUAGAAUGGACCAACAGUGUCCUCGGGGCUGGUGGGGGAGCCCAGCCUGUGGCCCCUGCAACUGUGAUGUCAACAAGGGCUUUGAUCCAGAUUGUAACAAAACCAAUGGGCAGUGUUAUUGUAAGGAGUUCCAUUACCGACCCCGGGGGAGUGACACCUGCCUCCCCUGUGACUGCUAUCCUGUGGGCUCCUCUUCACGCUCCUGCUCCCAGGAAAGCGGGCAGUGCCCCUGCCGGCCUGGAGUCAUUGGCCGGCAGUGCAACAGCUGUGACAGCCCCUUUGCUGAGGUCACCGCCAGCGGCUGCCGGGUGCUCUAUGAUGGAUGCCCCAAGUCACUGAAAGGUGGUGUGUGGUGGCCACAGACCAAGUUUGGGCUGUUGGCCAUGGUACCUUGCCCCAAAGGCUCCCUGGGUUUGCGGGGAGCAGGUGCCGCCAUCCGACGCUGUGAUGAGGACAAGGGGUGGCUGGAGCCAGACCUCUUCAACUGUACCUCACCUGCCUUCCGGGAACUGGGCCUGCUGCUGGAAGAUCUAGAGCGCAAUGAAACAGAGCUGGACACCAUUGAGGCCAAGAAGUUGGCCCAAAGGCUUCGUGCAGUAACCGGCCAGACUGAGCGAUAUUUCGGCAAUGAUGUCCACAUUGCUGCCCGACUUCUGGGCCGGCUCCUGGCCUUCGAGAGUCAUCAGCAGGGCUUUGGGCUAACUGCCACACAGGAUGCCCACUUUAAUGAGAAUCUACUCUGGGCUGGCUCAGCUGUGCUGGCCCCUGAGACCUGUAAGCUGUGGGAUUCUCCAUGGCCACAAGCCCUAGGUGGGACCCCAGCCCCAGGGGCCAGCGCAGGCCUCAUCGAGCAGCUGGAGGAGUACACAGCAACAUUGGCCCAGAACAUGGAGCUCACGUACUUGAACCCCGUGGGCCUGGUGGCACCUAAUAUUAUGCUCAGCAUUGAUCGAAUGGAACUUCCUGUUCCCACUGUGGGGGGUCAUCGAUAUCCUCGUUACCACGGUAGCCUCUUCCGGGGCCAAGAUGCCUGGGACCCUCAUACACAUGUGGUGCUGCCCCCUCCAGUACCCCGGCCCCCACAGCCAGAAGCUCUGCCCACAGGUGGCAGCAGUGAUGCCAAUGGGACGGCCGAGAGCGUGGCAGGCCGAGGGGGCCCCCUGGAAGCAGAGCCGGGUCUCACCAUUGUCAUCCUCCUCAUCUACCGAACCCUGGGAGGGCUGCUCCCUGCCCGCUACCAGGCAGAACGCCGAAGCGUUAGGCUCCCCCGGAACCCAGUCAUGAACUCUCCAGUGGUCAGCGUGUCUGUGUUCAGGGAGCGAAGCUUCCUGCAGGGCGUUCUAGAGUCCCCUGUCACCUUGGAGUUCCGCCUGCUGCAGACGGCAAAUCGAAGCAAACCCCUCUGUGUGCAGUGGGAGCGGCCUAGCUCGAGUGACCCUUGGGGUGUGUGGACAGCCCGUGAUUGUGAGCUUGUGCACAGAAAUGGUACCCAUGUGCGCUGCCAGUGUUCCCGGCUUGGUACUUUUGGGGUGCUCAUGGAUGCCUCCCAUCGAGAGCGUCUGGAAGGUGACCUGGCCCUCCUGGCUGUGGUUACUCAUGUGACUGUGUCAGUGACUGUGGUUUCCUUGCUCCUGACUGUGGCUGUCCUGCUCAGCCUUCGAGGCCUCAAGUCUAACACCCGUGGGAUCCAUGCCAACGUGGCAGCUGCACUUGGCCUGGCUGAGCUGCUCUUCUUCCUGGGGAUUUACCGUACCCACAACCAGUUCCUGUGCACUGUGAUUGCCAUUGCCCUACAUUACCUCUUCUUGGGCACCUUCUCCUGGCUCUUUGUGCAGGGGCUGCACCUCUAUCGCAUGCAGGCAGAGGCUCGAAACGUGGACCUUGGGGCAAUGCCUUUCUACUAUGCGCUGGGUUGGGGUGUUCCAGCUAUCCUUCUGGGCCUUGCAGUGGGCCUUGACCCUGGAGGCUAUGGGAACUCAGACUUCUGUUGGAUUUCCAUCCAUGAUAAACUGGUCUGGAGCUUUGCUGGCCCCAUUGUCCUGGUCAUUUCGAUGAAUGGGGUCUUGUUCCUGCUGGUGGCAAGGAUGUCCUGCUCCCCUGGGCAGAGGGAGGCCAAGAGGAUGUCUGUGCUCUCCUUCCUACUGCUCCUGCUCAUCAGUGCCUCCUGGCUCUUCGGUCUCCUGGCAGUCAACCAUAGCGUCCUGGCCUUCCACUACCUCCACGCUGGGUUCUGCGGCCUUCAGGGCCCAGCUGUGCUGCUGCUCUUCUGUGUCCUGAAUGAGGAGACCCGAGGGGCUUGGACCUCAGCCUGUCUGGGCAGGAAAGCAGGAACGGAGGAGGCAAGGCCGACCCCGGGAACGGGCUCUGGUGCUUACAACAACACAGCCCUGUUUGAGGAAAGUGGCCUCAUCCGAAUCACUCUGGGUGCCUCCACGGUGUCUUCUGUCAGCAGCGCUCGGUCAGCCAGAACACAGGACGGUCAGCGGGGCAGAGGCGGCCUCCUCAGGGAGAAUGUUUUGGCAAAACAUGGCUCAGCUGCUGACCAUACUGACCAGAGCCUUCUGGCCCAUGGUGGGCCCACAGACCUGGACGUGGCCAUGUUCCAUCGAGAUGCUGGGGGAGGCAUGGGCUCAGACUCAGACAGUGACCUGUCCCUGGAGGAAGAUCGUAGCUUGUCCAUCCCAUCCUCAGAGAGCGAGGAUAAUGUCCGACCCCGUGGCCGAUUCCAGCACCCUCUUCGACGGGCGGCCCACAGUGAACGGCUCCUCACUCACCCAGCCAGCAGCACUCCCAAAGAUGUGGAUGGUAAUGACCUACUGUCCUACUGGCCUGCCCUGGGGGAUUGUGAGGUGCAUCCCUGCUCCCUGCAGACCUGGGGAUCUGAGCGUCGCCUGGGUCUGGAUACCAGCAAGGAUGCAGCCAAUAAUAACCAGACUGAACUGGCACUGACCAGUGGGGAUGAGAACACAAUCGGCCACACCCAGCUCAGCCACACCCAGCGACAGAGGAAAGGUAUACUGAAGAACCGGCUGCAAUACCCAUUGGCUCUCCAUGGGCUGCCUUCUGCCAGAGCUCGAGGGGCUCCUGAGCUGUCCUGGUACCGGUCCUCUACCUUGGGCCACCGGGCAGUACCGGCUGCCUCCUAUGGCCGCAUCUAUUCUGGCACAGGUAGCCUCUCCCAGCCAGCUAGUCGCUAUUCCUCUCGGGAACAGUUGGAUCUGCUGCUUCGUCGGCAGAUGUCUCGGGAACAGCUGGAGGAGGCCACCCCUCUUCCCACGUACUCCACUAGCCGCCAUGGCUCCCGGGAACAGUUGGAGAGGGUUCCUAGCUGUCAUAGCUCGCGGGAACACCUGGAGACCAUCCCUAGCCGCCAUGCCUCCCGGGAGCAUCUGGAGACUAUUCCCAGUCGCCAUGGCUCCCGGGAGCAUCUGGAGACCAUUCUCAGUCGCCAUGGCUCCCGGGAACAUCUGGAGAGCUCCAGCAGCCAACAUGGCUCCUGGGAACAUCUAGAAGCUUGUCUUGGUGGCCCAGAGCCAAGGUUCCGGGGUAGCACGCUGCCUCGAAGGCAGCCACCCAGGGACCAUCUGGAUGCCCUGGCCACCCGGUUUGGGUCCAGGGAGCCCUUGGACUCUGGGGCAUCUCAGGAGUGGCCAAGCCCACUGCCCCACCUCAGGGGCUCCAGAGACCAACUCUUGCCUACCAGUCAGAGGUCUCGGGAACAGCUGGAUUGUUUAGCUAGGAGCUCAAACUCUCCAGAACAGCUGGACAUGAGGCCCUGUCGGCAUCCAUCAAGGGAAAACCUGGAACCACUCUCUAGGCGGCUCCCAUCAAGGGAGAAUGUGGUGACUUGUCCAAGCAGGGCCCCUUCCACUGAACAGUUAGACAUCCUCUCCUCCAUUCUGGCCUCCUUCAACUCCUCAGCUCUCUCCUCCUCUGUGCAGUCCUCCAGCACACCUUCAGGCCCUCACACCACCGCUACGCCUUCUGCCACAGCCUCAGCACCGGGGCACUCCACACCUCGGUCAGCUACGUCCCAUAGUAUCUCAGAGUUGUCGCCAGACUCAGAAGUCACCAGAAGUGAGGGCCACUCCUGAGAAGCAGACAGCGGCAAAGGAGGAAUGAACAGAAUGAAAGGAGCAGGAGGUGGUUUGAAGGGAAGCACAGACAGAUAUCUCCAACACAAGUUUGGGGUCUCUUCUUUCUACCAGUCCUGGAUUAGACAGAGGAGAGUUUGGGGUGUCAGGAUCCUUUCCCCCUCUCCUCCGACAUUCAGCCCACUCGCUUGUGAGAGGAGGGGCUCCCACUGGCCCAUCCCAAACUGGAUCUUCCUUUCUGUAACACUUGGGCACUGUGUGUGCAUGAGUGUGCAUGCUGGUGCGUGUUUGGGGAGGGGCCAGGGCCUGGGAGGACUUUUAUAUAUUUUGUACCUUUGUAAUUAGAGAGAAAGAUGUCUAUCCUUAUUUUUAAGCUUUUCUGUCCCAUGACUUCCCUGGGCUAGGUUGAGCUGGUCUGGUCUGGGGAAAAGUGGUUGGAUUGGGAUAAAGUAAGGAGCUACCAGGGUCUGUGGUCUCCCUCCAUCCAUCCCAAGGCUCCAUUGCCCCCCAUCUUUCUGCAUUUAGCCUCCUCUCCCUGUGCCCCAGUGCCAAUGAUCCUUUCUUCAGCCUCAUCAGACUUUCCCUUUUCCCUUACUCCUGUGAAGUCCUUCACAUACCCUUCCUUGCAAGCUCCACCAUACCACAGGAUCAUCAUGGAGCUGGGAAGGACCUUAGAGAUCAUCUAAUCCCACCCCCCUAUUUUAUUGAGAGAGAAAGUGAUUUGCUUCAGAUCACACAGGUUGGUUACAUAGUGACAGAGUCAGGAUUUGAACCCAUGUCUUUUGGCUAUAAAUCCAGGACUCCUUCCAUUAUACUCCUUCUUUCCUGUUAGCCCACUCCUAUCCUGCCCUCUUCAGGGUCUCCCCUGAGGGCUGGGCCCCCUGCAAAGGAAGCCUUCCCCUUCAGCCCUUUCUCUCAUCUCAGAAGCUGGUGGGGGUGUGCCCAGCCUGUCUCUCUACCAUUCCUCACAUAUACUUGUUCAUAAGAUUUUUUUGAACAGUAAUUUCCUAUUUUGUUUUCUUCUCUAGUGGCCUGAGAGCCAAACUCCUCCUGAAGGAGAAUGCCCAGACCUCUAGAGCCUGCUCUAGGACAGAGAUUGAUGGAGGUGGUUCCUUCCUGGGCUGAGUUGAUGCCUCAGUCCUUUCUUGUAACUGAGCUUGACAGGGCAGGGGAGAACCUCUUCCCUGCCCCAGGACCCCCCACUUCCUGGCCUUCAGGUUAGGGAGGAGUGUGUUCUCAGACUCAGCUUGUGGAGGGGGUGAUAAACACAGACCAUCCCUAGGCCCCGUACUAAACUACAUGUAUGUAUGUAUUGUGGAGUCACCCUAACCCCCAUCCCCACCAUUUACUGCCUUAUAAUCCUCCGGGCCCAAGCGGAGUUCAAUAUUUAUUCAAGCAGCAGACAGAAUGUUUACAAAGCAAGGCUCGCCUUCCUCGAUUGUUGGGGUGGGGUGGAGGGGAAGGGCUCUGCCCCUUGGGGAGGGGGUGCCAGGCCUUUAUUCAGAUACAUUCCAUGGUGUCCUCCUCCUGCCUCCCAGGCUGGUCCAAGCUGCGAGAGACCCCUACACUCUGAAAUUGGGGAGGGGGUAGUGGUUCUUUCUUUCCCUCCCUUAGGGACAGGAGGGAAGGAAUGAAUAGUCUGGGAUGGAGUGGUUUGAUUUUCUCAUUCCCCUCCCCUCACCCCUCUGCCAGGCUGUUUAUGGUUGGAUGGGGGUACAAAUUGGGGACGACUACCUCCCCUAAUAUGUUUACAGGAAAUCCCUCAGGCUUAGUCCUCUGGUGACUCAGUUCUUCCUGUUUCUAUAUUUUCUUAAAAAGAGGAAACGUACUUGUUAGGGCUUCUUUCAUAAAGUGGGUUUUUUUUUGUUUACAGUAUGGAAUUUUGGACUUUGUUACUCUGUUUACAUUUUGGAACUAUGGGACUUUGUUUACAAUUUGGAACUUUGAAAUUUUUUUUACUUUGUUUAUGGUUAAGCUCUUUGGAUUUGCUACUUUGUUUACAAUUUAGAAUUUUGGACUUCAAGUUACUUUGUUUACAGUUAAGAAAGGGGGAGAGGGGCUUAGAUCUCAAGCUGGGGCUCUGCACUUGCCCCUUCCCCUAAAUGUCUGUCAGCCCAAAGGGCAUUCAUUCCCCCUUGCUUCAAGGCCCCGUGCAUGUGUUAUCCCCUGGCUCAUGCGGAACAGGGUGUUUUUGUCCUUAGAGGAAGAAGACUUUCUCCCUCUUACUUGAACAGCACAGUGCAGAUUUGGAGGGCCACCAUUUGCCAAGGAGAUUAAAAAGUCCCGUCACCUAUGAGUGCCAAAUCCCCUUCCAGCCACAUCCCUGGUCACCCAUUCAGCUUGUCUUCGUGCUCCCGCACUUCAGUGCUGAUUGUGCCCUAGGUUGGAGUGGGGGAACCGGGUCUGAGUGAGUGAUCCCUCAGAAAAAUAUGAUUCAGAGCUGGAAAGGCCCUCCGUGAUCAUGGAGUCCAACCAUCUCAUUUUACAGUGGGGAGCAGGGAGG